AUGUCUUAUGACCAAGACCGACAAAAGAAACGCCGGACCACACAGGAAGGCGACUAUGUCGAUACCUCCAAGCCAACCGCAUUCUUCAAACCCUACGCGGGUAGGGAGUGGACCAUUUCUGUAGCUGUGCCUGGCAGUGUACUGUCUCUUUGCCGACGUGACGACCAGAGAACCAACGUCGUUUCUCACAUCGCACGCGCUCUUUCUGUCUUCAGCGUGGACGAGGUGGUCAUAUUCGACGACUCGCAUCCAGACGAGCGUCCCCGGCAUGUGGACCCGGCCAGCUACACUGGUGAUACCGACCCUUGCGGCUAUCUAGAUCACCUGCUGCAGUAUCUGGAGAUGCCCCCGUUCAUGCGCAGAACACUGCUGCCACUUCACCCCAAUCUGAAAGCUGCCGGUCUCAUGCAGAGUCUGGAUAUCCCAUCUCACCCCCACAACUACGACUGGCUGCCGUAUUGCGAGGGAGUAACGACGGCGGGUACACCAGCGAACGGCACUGGUACAUUGGUCGACGUUGGCCGGAAGAACCCCGUCACUAUCAGUCACGAUGUUCCCCCUAAGACUCGCAUUACCGUUCAGAUUGACGAGAACGACCUGUCUCUGGCAGAACCAGUCGAUCCUGCUACUCCGCGCACCGAAGGAGGUUACUAUUGGGGCUAUUCAACCAGACGUUGCAAAUCGCUUGCAUCUGUCUUUGAGGAGUGCGCUUACGAAGGCGGGUACGACUUGAGUAUUGGUACGUCAGAGCGAGGCCUCACGAUACCUGAAGCUUUUCCAGAGAGAAAGGUAAAGAACAUGGCGAGCUUCAACCAUCUCCUGGUAGUCUUCGGAGGUCCCCGCGGACUUGAGUUCGCAGCCGAGAAUGAUCCCGAAUUGAACGGCAUGGGCAUUGUGAGAGGAAGGACGAAGGAGUUGUUUGACCAUUGGAUCAAUAUCUUGCCAGGGCAAGGUAGCCGGACCAUCAGGACUGAUGAAGCACUGUUCAUUGGGCUGUCUGGCCUGCGGAAGAUCUGGGAUGGUAGAUGA